UUACAAAGAAGAACUGCAGUUAAAAUGGACACACAGACAAAUGUGAAGUCAAUUGCAGCUAUGUUCAACUCAGCACCUAGUCCAAUGGAGACGUCAGACAAUUUACCAGCUCAUGGGAUAAAGACAAAUACAGGAAUACAAGCUAAAAAGGCUGCCUUUGAUAAAUUUGCAAACCCAACUUCGCCAAAGUCUGGUUCUCCAUCAUUUACCCCAAAGAAACCUGUAAAUUUUACUGCUGCUUCUGGAUUAAAACCUUUCUCAGAAGAAACUAAACCCUCAUUUGUAAAGCCUAAUGUAGGUGUGAGCCGACAUGGUGGAUCUUUUUAUGCACACAACAAGGAUACAGAUUCAAGGAUUACAUUUCCAAAAUCCCAUGGGCUUACGUCUACUGAAAUACAAAAAGAAGAGCCAAAAGAACUAUUUCCUAAACCCAAGCCUAAAAUUGGUGGAAACAACAUACAGGAGAAUAGGUUUGGAGGUGUCAAGUCAUCAUUUCUGCCAGGACAAAAGGAAAAUGAAGAAAAGUUCACAUUCCCAAAGCCAUCUGCUAUUAAGACACAUAGUACAGUGACUGAUAAUGAAGUGAAACCCCCCUUCUCAAAAAAGCCUGUUUUGACAGCAAAACAAUCUGCAAAUCUUGAUGCAUCGACUCAGGAUAACAACAUUCACAAAAAUACCUUCAUGGCAAAAAUGCAUUCGUCCCCUCAGGAUAGCAAACCAGUAAAUCAAAUAAAAGAACCAGCACAAAGUAAUGAUGCAGCAAGUUCUUCAUCACAGCCUUUUUCAGCAGUCAAAUUAAGGUCAACUGGGGUUGCCCAAAGCCCCUUUAUAAAGAAAGAUCAAGAAGAAAAUACUGGGCCAAUAAAAAAUAUAGAAGGAAAACAGCUUAACAAAACAGUUCAAGAUGAUGGUAAUUCCGGCCCUACUACAACAAAGUACCCCAGAGUUCAAUCACAUUUGUUUACUGGACAGCGGACCAGUUUCAGUGAGAAAGCAAAAGAGAGAGAUUCCUUAGAGCCCAAGAGGAAACCUUUGCCCCCAUUGUUUAAAUUAGGUCCUGCCCCUCCAAAGCCUGCUAGGCCUCCUAACGUGGACCUUGCAAAAUUUAAAGUCGGAAGAAAAAAUGAAAGCAACAAAGGAGCCGUUACUGAACAGAAGGCAUCUGCAUUAUCCAAUGCACUGCCUCCACCUCCACCCUCUCAUGUAGCUGCAGGGGCACCAACCCCACCACCCCCACCACCCAACAGCUCUGUCUCUGCCAAGCAAACUUCUGGCCCUCCACUACCUCCUAAUUUGCCUCCCAGAAACAUUAGAUCUGCUACUGAGUCUGUGACUGGUGAAGAGAAUUAUGAUGACGUACUAAUUGAAGGUCCCUCAAACCCUGGCGAAGAUAUGAGUUUAGAAAGUGAUGAAGAGUUCUAUGACUGGAUAGAUGAAGAAAGUCUACAAAAUAAAAAGGAACAAGCUGCAAAGAAUGAAAAAGAGGAAAAGAAAAAAAUUGAGCAAAUUAAAAAAGAACAAAAGGAAAAAGAAAAGAAGGAACAAGAAAUCAGAAAACGAUUCAAAUUAACAGGUCCCAUCGAGGUCCUUCAUCAAGGUUGGUCUUGUGUUGCUCAUAAAGGUGGCAAAAAUGAACUGAGCUUCAAGGAAGGAGAACAGAUAGAAAUCAUUCGUAUUACAGAUAACCCUGAAGGCAAAUGGUUGGGUAGAAUAAAAGGAACUUAUGGAUAUAUAAAAACAACUAUGGUAAACAUUAACUAUGAUUCACUAAAAAGGAAAAGGUCGACAAUAGGUCUUCCAAUAAAGCCAGAAACAAUUGAGCAAGAAAUAUAUGAUGAUGUGGGAGAGCAAGACAGCACAAGCAGCCAGAGCAUGGGCGGAAGUGGAGGCGGAUCAUUUCCACCUCCACCCAGUGAGGAGGACAUUUAUGAUGGAGUGGAUGAUGAAGGUAUUGGCAGCUCUGUACCACAGGAAGAAGAUAAAAAAAACAACUGGACGUGGGGUUUGUUUACCAAGAGGAAAUCAAAUGAUUCCAGAAAGAAAAGUGCAUCUGACAACGCAGCAAAAGAAGACAACGAUGAAAGUGAUAUUGUCUUAAUACCUCCAGUGGUAUCUCAAGAACCAGACGGUGAUGUUUAUGAUGAUGUAGAAACAAGCGACUUCCCUCCUCCUCCUUUGGAAUCAACAUUAACAAUAAGCACAAAAUCCUCUACCCUUGGAAAAUCAGCUGACAGAGACAGCAAGACUCUUAAAAAGCUUGAAAAAGAAGAAAAAGAAUUCAGAAAAAAAUUUAAGUUUAAUGGUGACAUUAAAGUGCUCUCAAUAACACAAGUAGCAUCCACCCUGACCUCAAAAAAAUUUGGAUCAAAAGAUUUACCACUGAAACCUGGGGAGUCGUUGGAAGUCAUACAACACACAAACGAAACUACUCUCCUUUGUAGAAAUAACGAUGGAAAAUAUGGCUAUGUUUUAAGAAGUAAUGUAAUUGACAAUGAUGGAGAAAUCUAUGACGACAUUGGUGAAGAAUGUGUCUACGAUAAUGACUAAGUAUAUGGGAAUACUUUCAACAACCAGAACAGACAAAAUAUAUUGCAUCCCAAAAUAUUUUAUCUCUAAUAUAUUUCUGCUGAAACUGGAGUUGCUCUCUUUGGAAGGAAACCAUUUCCAAUUGCAUUAAUUAUGAUUACUCAAGAAUAUUUUUUUAAUAUGGUUAGUUAUGAACUCCCAAAUUGCAAGUUAAUAAAGUUAUAUUUUUAGGAAUCAAUACCAUUUUACAAAACACAUACCAGCAUUUUAAGUAGUAUUUUGCAUCACUGACUUGACGUAUUCCAUUUAAACAACUCAAUUUAAUGUUAAGAAUUACAAAUAUUUUUAGUCUAUUUAUUAACCAUUUGUUUGAUGCUUGUUUUUUUAUUUAGCAAUUAUAAGAUUUAGUAUUAGACAAUUAUUUUAACAACUGUAUUAAUUUAGUCAACGUGUGCUACUGAUGUUUGUGCUGUGUAAUGAAUUACAUUGAAGCUUUUAAAACUUUUAGAAUAUUAUCCAUACUUUUUUUUAAAAUGGGUUAACCUUUUAAAAUACAAGUUAUUAUAGUGAA